AUGAAUGAAAGUGUAGUAUCUUUAGAUGACAUUAUUGAAUUGGAGAAAGAGAGUGAUGAGUUAAGCGAAGAUGGUCAAUGUGAAAUUAUGAAUCAAGACAAAGAUAGUGAUCGUAUGCAAGACAAUUGCCAAGAAAUCAUGGGAGAUGAUAGUGAGUUUAAUGAGCCUCCUAUAUUGGGUAGAGUUUUUGAGACAGCUGAAGAAGCCUACGAUUUUUAUAAUAAUUUUGCAAAAGUUAAGGGGUUCGGAAUACGUAAGCGUUACUUUAACAAGAGUAGAAGAACACAACAACCAUGUUUGUGGAAUUAUGUGUGCUCAAAGCAAGUUGUCAAGAAUCUACAUGAUAAAAGAAUUGAUUUGGCAGAAGAUGGUACAUUAAGAAGCGUCUUUUGGGCGGAUGGUAGGUCGAGAGCUUCCUAUGGUCAAUUUGGGGAAGUCCUCGUCUUUGAUGUGACUUACAAAAAAAACAAGUUCAAGUUUCCUUUUGCCCCUUUUGUUGGGGUUAAUCACCAUGGGCAAUCAAUUUUAUUUGCUGCUGCAUUGUUAGAGGAUGAAACAGAGGCAACCUUUUACUUGCAUAUUUUGGAGCAUAGUCAAGCAUUACGUGCACAAUUUAAAGAUAGUUUUGAUGUUGACUUUCAUGCAUGGUAUAAAAGUCAAAGCAUAGAUGAAUUUGAAGACAAAUGGGAAACAUUAAGAACUAAAUAUGAUAUUAAAGCAAGUAGUUGGUUGGCUAACAUGUAUGCUUCACGUAACCAUUGGGCAAAAGCAUACUUGAAAGAUACUUUUUUUGCUGGAAUGACUACAAGUGGCCGAAGUGAGAGCAUCAAUGCAUUUUUUGAUGGAUAUGUCAACUCCAACACAAUGUUAAAUGACUUUGUUACCCAAUAUGAUAAAGCAAUCAAGUCUAGAAGAGAUGCAGAAGAAGAUGAAGAUUUUAAAACUAGAAAUACAAAAGCAAAUUUGGAGAGUAAUCAUCCAAUUGAAGGAAUAGCUGGAGAGCGCUACACAAGAAAAAUGUUUGAAAUUUUUAAAAAAGAGUGGAGGGCUGCCACACAAGAUUACUUUCACGAAAAGAUGUCAACAGACGAGCAUAAUAUUAGGUACCGUGUGGGAUCUCCCAAAGUUAAUAAAGAGUUAUGGGCAAUUGUUGAUUACAAUUUGAUAGAAAGUUCCACUACUCAUUGUUCUUGUGCAAAGUUUGAGACUAUGGGGAUUUUAUGCAAACAUAUUUUGUACAUCUUCAAGAAGAAACAAAUGAUGACCCUUCCUGAAAAGUAUAUUUUAACUAGAUGGACCAUGAAUGCAAGCUAUAAGGCUGAAAAUCUUUUGUCUGUUCAUUCCGAAACAACUACCAGUGAAGUAAGUGAAUUGUCUUUGUUGUCAACUCAGUCGAAGUGCAAUUUGGCUAUUUCUGAAGAAAAAGAUUGUUUUCAUGAAAUUAGAAGAUUUGAUACUAUUGUUGAUGAGUUUAUUCAACAACAAUUAGAAAGAAAGAGAAAAAGAAUUGAUGAGGAAACCACAAGCUCAAUUGUACCUUCACAAAGUUGUUUCAUUCCUUCUCAAGAUUCACUUAAUUAUGUUCGAGAUCCCACUCAAGCAGUCAAAAUUAAGGGGCGUCCAAAAGUUGCUUCAGGUAUAAAAUCAAGCAUUGAGUUAGCAGCCAAACAACAAAAGACUUGCAGUUAUUGUCGAGAGAAGUGUCAUAAUAAGACCAGUUGUAAGAAGCAAAUGAUGGAUGUUGCAAGAGAGAAGCAAAAGGAAUAA